AUGAGCCAGCCACCACCACCUCCGCCGCCGCCGCCCCACGGUGACAACCCCAGGACGACAGCUGGUGGCUCCGGUCUGCCUCCGGGCAAAUACGACAUCUUCGUCAUACCGCAGCACUCCGCCGGCUCGGGCUUCCUCUAUCUGCCAUCAUUGAAACCAGCUUGGAAUAGCUUCAUCGCCGGCGUCGCUUUCACGCUGUUUUUUAUCAUAAUAGGCAAUAGUCUUGCACCAGCUUUGAAGGCAUGGUGGGAUAACUUCCAGGGGCUCGGUGGCGUCGGUUAUGGUGGUCUCGUCCCCCAGUCCCAAGAGCAACGGGAGCAGCCCAAACCGCCGCCGCCGCAACAGCAGCCGCCGCCGCAACCCCCGCCACAAUCUCAACCGCAACCGCAACCGCAGUCGCAGCCACGGUCGGAACCACAACCGCCCCCGCCCCGGCCUACGACGGCGAAGACAGAGACUCCCAAAGGGUCAUGGCAAAGAGCCAGAGAGGAGAUCAGGAAGCGGGAAGAAGAACGGAAAGCCAAGGAAGCAGAGCAGAAGCGGAAAGAAGAAAGUUUGCGCCGGCUGCAGGAGCUUCGGGAAAAGGAUGCCAAAGAACGCGAGAGGCGAGAGAGUGAGGCUCGCGCGAGAGAGGCCAAGGAGAAAAGUCGAAUGGAACAAGAAGCUCGAGAGAAGGAGCGACUUUUACAAGAGGUGCGGCAAAAGGUCGAGAGGGAGAUGAAGGAACGGGCAGAUCAAGAGGCCCGUGAGGCCAAAACACGCGAGUUGAAAGAAAAAGAAGAAGCACUGAAGCGUGAAGAAGAGAGGCUAAACGCUGAAAAGGCACGGCAAGCGGCAAGGGAGCGGGAAGCCAGAGAAUCGAAGGAGCGCGCCCGCAAGGAGGAGGAAGAGACGAACGCCCGCAAGGGAAGCACGUACGCUUUCUCAUCGCUCGGAGAGAAGACCAGCAUGUGGCCAAACGGCAAGCCCCCUGCCGCAACGUCGCAGCCAGCUGCAACCGCCCGGCCUGCGCCCACCUCCACGGCAUCCUCAACAAAGACCGCUCCAGCGCCAGCCAAAUCAACCGCCGGGACAGAAGAAACCUACUCUUAUCGGCCAUACGACAAACCAAAGAAGCCAGGAGCCCGAAAAAAAUCGGUAUCGGACUUUUCUGAAUCCUCUUGGGCGCCUUCCGCCUCUACCGCGCGCACUAGCCCCCCGCCGUCGAUGCGCGGCCCUUACACCACAGAUGACCCUCAAAAGAUUGUCAUCAAGGCAGUCUAUGGCUACCUGAACCAGUUUUCCAAGACGCCUGCCUCGCAGCUCAUUUCGGGAACCGGGACUGUGACGGACGGCCUGAUCCUCCGAAUCACCAGCGCCGGCCUCUUUGUCGACGACGACGUGCGCGGCGUUGCGCAGCGAGAAUGGGAUGUCAAGGCUUGGACGCUCAAGCAAGUCGAGGUAUGGUGUCCCACACACCUUUUGAGUUCUUCCAGUUCGAAUCUCCCCGGUGCAAUCCCCACCAGCCACCCCUUCUUCAAGACGAUGCCCGGCGUCAUGCGCCGCGCGGCCGAGAGAGGCGCCCCCAAGACGGUCACGGGUGAAGAGGCCGUCGCCUAUCUCGAAGACCUCGGCCGUGUGUGCCAGGGCAUCUGUCGUCCCGGACUGCCGUCGCGUGCUUCUGCGUCAAUGGGGAGUUCUAACAUCGAUGAUAAGAUUGGAGAGUGGGCCGCCAAAGGCCUCCACCUCCUCCGCGCCACCAUUCGCGACCAAGAGGGAAAACGGUACCUGUUCGUCAUCGGCCAGGAGGAGAGUUGGAAGAUCUCCCAAGGCCUGCAGACCCUACGUGGUGGCACCCAGGUCAGGGCCCUCGGCGUUGCCGGCUUCAGUUCAACAGAGGCCAAGAACUUGCUGGAGUCCCUUGGGUGGAGUUGA